AAGGGCCUCAUGCAUCGCAGCUAUGAAGGGUUUAAAAAAAUUUGUGGUUUUGUCCCUUGUUUCAGUGGCCAUUGUUAUGUGUCAUUCCGGCUUGCCUGAGUGAGGAAUGAGAGCAAAGGAUGAGAUCCUUGGUGGGCUGCCCGGGCAGCCGGGAGGUGUGAAAUUCCGGCAGUUUGCAGGGUAAGUGACAGUGGACGAGAGGGCCAGGAGGCCCUCUUCUAUUAUCUUGCUGAGGCUGCUGAACCUCUCUUCAAGCCUCUACUCCUCUGGGUUAAUGGAGGUCCCGGUGUCUCUUCUCUGGGGUAUGGAGCAAUGGAGGAGUUGGGACCAUUUAGGCUCAAUAGUGAUGGGACGACCCUCUGCAGUAACAUACAUGCAUGGAACAAAGCCAUCGAGUGUUCUUCCGCGAUUGGAGCGAUCGCCCAACUACGGUCCUGCCCCUCAUACAGGACGUCAUGGCACAUGGAAUCCGGGUGCCGGUAUAAAGCGCAUAGAGAGAUUUCUUCCCUAAUUUGAAGUAAUCUGUACAUGCAAUAGAGAGUUAGACGCUCAGGUUCCGUCAUCGGCACAAGAAAUGUUGAAAAACUUGAAGGAAGAGAUGGACCCACUCCUAUGAUUAGGGACAGUGUUUUAAGACUAUUGAUCACAAAGAUCAGGCUUUUAUCAGAACUAUAAGAACUCUGUAAAUUUUUGUGUACCUCUCCAUGGCCAUGAAAUCCUUCUUAAAGAGGGAUGGAGGGGGUCAUUCUCCAAUGUUC